AUGAAAAUCAGCGAGCUCUAUGUAUACCCCAUCAAAUCCCUACGGCCGACAAAGGUCACCGAGGGCGAACUCACACGCCUAGGUCUCCGCUAUGACCGGCGCUUCAUGCUGCUAAAGGUCAUACCAGGCGAAAAUGGCGAGGCGCCAACGCUGGAGAAUAUGCAUAUCCCUGAGUUUCCUGAAAUGGGACUCUUCCAGACGGCGAUUGAGUCACCCAAGAGCGAAAAUGAAACUGGAAAAUUGCUUGUGACAUAUAAUCCACCCUCGUCAAGUGAUAGCAAUAAUGUCGCCAAAGCCGAGGCUGAAACUCCCAGCGAAACCCCCAAAGCACGACACCUCGAGCUCCCACUCGAGCCAGAAACGAAGACUCUCAAACCUUUCACGGUGAUGAUGCACCAGAGCCCGACUACAGGCUAUGAUAUGGGUCCGAGCUACAAUGAGUGGUUCAGCACGUGUUUCGGGUACCCCGUUGUGCUGGCGUAUCUUGGGAAUAACACGCGGGGCGUACUGGGUACUUUGGCCCCGGCCAAGCGCAACAAAGAGUCGUGGUGGAGUAUCUGGAAGCAGGAGCUCGUGCUACCCAGUAAUGGGCAUGGUAACAAGAUACUUGAUCAGUGGCUAGUACCCUUUUCUCUGGGGUAUUUAGUUCUCAACGCCGUGAGUUGGUGCCAUACACGGAUUGAAGCUGGCACUGCCCCCGCUGCGGCUAUCGGGGUCGCAGCUCUGGGGCUGGCUUGCCUGUGGACAGCGGUCAAUUUGUUCGUGAUGAGACGACAUGAGGCGAGGAUUGGAUUUGCGGAUUGUGCGCCUUUCCUGGUUAUUUCGCAGACGUCGGUGGAGAACGUUUCGGAACGGCUGGCUGGGGAUGAAGAGGUUGAUUUGACCAAGUUCCGGCCGAAUAUUGUUAUUUCUGGAGCAGAAGAGGCGUUCGAGGAAGACCUUUGGGCGGAACUGGAGGUUGGAAAGAGCAUUAGCGCUGGUGGAGGAGAUUCAAGAGUGAGGCUUUUGUUGACGGGGAAUUGUGUGCGAUGUCAGAGUUUGAAUGUGGAUUUUGCGACUGGGAAGAUGGGGACUGGGGAGAGUGGGAGCGUGUUGAAGAAACUUAUGACAGAUCGGAGGGUGGAUCGGGGGGCGAAGUAUAGUCCGGUGUUUGGACGGUAUUCGUUUCUGGGGAGGGAGAGCGUUGGAGAAAGCAUCAAGGUUGGUGAUGAGGUGAAGGUUUUGAGGAGAGCGGAGGAGUAUACUGUUACUGAUUGGCCGGGGUUGACGAACUAA